GGACUCCCGCCCGUGGCGGCGGCGGCGGUGGCGGCGGGAGGGGCGCGGACAUGGCGGCCAACAUGUACCGGGUCGGAGAUUACGUCUAUUUUGAGAACUCUUCAAGUAACCCCUACCUGAUCAGAAGAAUCGAAGAACUCAAUAAAACUGCGAAUGGCAACGUGGAAGCCAAAGUGGUGUGUUUUUAUCGGCGUCGCGACAUCUCCAACAGCCUCGUAAUGCUCGCCGACAAACAUGCUAAAGAAAUGGAAGAAGAGUCUGAAACCACGAACGAAGCGGAUUUGACCGACAAACAGAAGCAUCAGCUGAAACACAGAGAGCUGUUCUUAUCCCGUCAAUACGAAUCUCUUCCGGCAACGCAUAUCAGGGGGAAGUGCAGCGUCACCCUUCUGAACGAGACCGAGUCGGUGCUGUCCUACCUUGACAAAGAGGACACCUUUUUCUACUCCUUGGUUUACGACCCAUCACUAAAAACACUCUUGGCAGAUAAGGGUGAAAUCAGGGUGGGACCCAGAUACCAAGCUGAUAUUCCAGACAUGCUCCAAGAAGGAGAAGGAGAUGACCGUGAGCCAUCCAAGCUAGAAGUGAAAGUGUGGGACCCCGAUAGCCCCCUGACUGACCGACAGAUAGACCAGUUUCUCGUCGUGGCCCGCGCGGUGGGGACGUUUGCCCGAGCCCUGGACUGUAGCAGCUCGGUCCGGCAGCCGAGUCUCCACCUGAGCGCAGCAGCGGCUUCCCGAGACAUCACGCUGUUCCACGCCAUGGACACGCUGUUCCGGCACAGUUGUGACCUGAGCAGUGCUCUGGGGGUGCUGGUGCCCCUCGGGGGGCCUGUCCUCUGUCGAGACGAGAUGGAGGAGUGGUCUGCCUCGGAGGCCAGCCUGUUUGAAGAGGCUUUGGAGAAAUAUGGCAAAGACUUCAAUGACAUCCGGCAGGAUUUCCUCCCGUGGAAGUCUCUGACGAGCAUCAUUGAGUACUACUACAUGUGGAAGACGACAGACAGAUAUGUGCAGCAGAAACGCCUGAAGGCAGCUGAAGCAGAAAGCAAGCUGAAACAGGUGUACAUCCCAUCCUACAACAAACCCAACCCCAAUCAGAUCGCCAGCGGCAGCACAAAACCGGGCUCCGUGAACGGGGCAGCCGGACCCCCUGGACCACCCCAGAACCCUCUGGCCGGCCGGGCCUGUGAGAGCUGCUACACUACGCAGUCCCACCAGUGGUAUUCCUGGGGGCCACCAAACAUGCAGUGUAGACUGUGUGCGACAUGUUGGCUUUACUGGAAAAAGUACGGAGGCCUGAAAAUGCCCACACAGACUGAGGAAGAGAGACUGUCCCCCAACCCCACCACGGAGGAUUCCCGUGUCCGAGGUCACAUGUCCCGCCACGCCACUCAGGGAACACCGGUGCGCAACACGGGCAGCCCACGUUCGGCCGUGAAGACGCGCCAGGCCUUCUUCCUCCACACGACAUGCUUGACCAAGCUGGCGCGACAGGUGUGCAGGGGCGCGCUGCAGCUGCGGAGGGCGGCCCGGCGCCCGUUCGUGCCCCUCAACUGUGCGGCCGUCAGGGCGGAGUAUGCAGACAGACACCCGGACACAGAAGCCUCUAGGAGUCCCCUGAAGACGAGGAUUCCUCGGAAGACUCUGUCGUGUAUCGUGGGCUACUUAGAGAUCCAUCCCACCAGGAGAGUCCCCGGGCCCCGCCCCUCCGCACCCCACCCCUCCGCACCCCACCCCUCCACGCCCCUGCACAGCCCGGCCACCAAGCGGAUGCUCCCGGCCCCCAGCCACGCGGCCCUCAGUCUCCGGGGCAAGAGGAGUUUCAGCCAUCACCGUGGGCUCGGAGAUCUCACAUGCUGCGUCUCCGACUGAGCCGCCGUCCACCUGCGCAAGGCGAGACGCCCCCGGCCCCGCCCUGCCCAGCCCUGACCUGCCCUCGCGGGGGUGCCCGGCCCGCCUGGAGGAGGGGCUGCAUCGGGGCCCAGGCUGCCGGCGUGGGAAUUCCAGCCCAGCCGGAAGCGGCACCAGCACUGCAUCUGCAGGACCCACCUGCACCUCGUUCCCCACACACUCGUCUCCCGUGCCUGCCAGGCGGGACUUGUCUCCACCCACGGACCCCUGGCCGAGAUUCUCCCCCGGGGCCCUGGGCUCUGUGCCUGCGAAGCGGGCGGUCCGUGAGUCCAUGGGGCCUGGCCCCAGCUGGGGCGAGCCGGGGGCCGGCAGCUGGGCCUCUUUUAGAGUGGAUUUUCCCACGGUUUCUACAGUGACGGGAGAAAGAGAUUGUCAGUCCUGGUCCCACGCCUCUGCCCCGUGGAGCCAAUGUGGCCACUCCAGUCCGGGCACCAUUGCAGCCUCUGGGCUCCACUACAUCUGCACAGCUGCCCUGCUGUUGCUGCAUUCAAUCACUGCAUCCGCACAGUCGCCCUGCCGCUGCUGCAUCGCUCGGCCCACUGCUGUUACUGCCCUCACACACUGCAGUCACUGCACCUAUUCCGCCCUGCUAUUGCUGAAUCUCUUCGGUCACGCUGCUGUCACUGCAUUCACACUGCAGCUGCCCUAGGCCCAGCUCUACCCUCAAUCCCCACAGCCUGGUGCUUCGGGCUUAAUGGGGGAGAGGAGAAAGAAGGGAGAAAAGGGUCGAGGAGAAUUUAGAGAGUCCUUGGGGUAUCUGCAGGUUGGGUGGAUGUCCCAGACUGGAGUAGUGGAGGCUGGAGGAGGGAGAGUCCAGGUUAAUGGUCACCAGUGCAAGGUUUGCUGGUCCAGUGCCCGUCUCCCCCCACCCCGGCUCUGGGGGUUCCUCCUCCCUGAACUGGCCACUCAGCUCCCAGGCUCCAAAGGGCCUCAGGCCAAGCCCGGCCCUACCCCCAGCUGUCACUGACAGUCCCACCUCCCCGCCCCACCACCCAGCCCUGAGACCCUGUUCUUCCAUUGCCUUGUUUUCUCCCUCUCCACUCCCACACGUACCAUUAGAGUCACGCAGGUUGUUGCUGGAGGAUGGGCAGAGUCUGUUCUGUCCCUGAGGGUCAGUGUGGCUCCCCACAUCUACCGGCCUCUGCAUGAUGGUCCCUACCCUGGCUCAGCCCCACGGUGCCCCCAACCCGGGAUCCAUCUCCAACAGCACAACAGGAUGCUAGGAAAAUCCGGGUGCUGUGCCCUCCUGGACACCCAUCCUCUUGGGUAGUAGAGAUGGAUGGUUCAAUACACCGGAUUUCCGUCUCCAUCCCUGACUCUCCUCCACUGAUUCAGCAGAGACAGACCAACACCCCUGACUCUUCUCCUUCCUUGACUUUCCCCAUGUGACCCCACAUGGAUCAUCCAACACCCGCUGACUCUUCUCCACCCCUGACUCUCCCCCAGUGAUCCAGCACGGACCAUCCAGUACCUCCAACUCUUCCCCUCUCCACCCCUAACUCUCCCCUAGUGACCCAGCAUGGGCCUUCAGCAUGCUCCUCUAUCCCUGACCCCCAUGCCCACAACAUCCCCCCCCAACACCCAGUGACCCAGCCCAGACGCCCAUCCUCAGAGCUGUCCAACCCCCGUAGAACCAGCCGGUAUUCUCUGUGAACAAAAAUGUCUUUGAUGUUUCUGCUUUGGACCCCAACUCUGCCAGAGUGUUUGGCCCCUUCAUCUGGUGCCGCAGAGAUUUGCUGAGUGUGUCGCUGCCCAGAGGGUGGACGUUCAGCCUCUCCCCAUGUGCAUGCCCUUGCCACCCCUUCUGCCAGAGCAUGAGCCAGGAAUGGGCCACACUGGGGUCACUCCCUGAAUUUCCAGUUUUUAUGAAGCUUCCUACUUAUCAGCAGCUUGAUUUCUUCCAAGCCUGGCCCAGAUUCCUUUGGUUCUGGGGUCUCCAAGGGGCCGGGACUACUGGGGAGUGGGGGAAGGGGGACAGAGCCAAGUGGAGGCUGCUGACACUGGGACUUAGCUUCCACAGGGGCCAUGCCCCUGGCCAGAGCUGGACUCAUUCAGGACUGAAGGGCAAUUUUCUGUGUGACCACCCGCUGCCAAUGACCCUACAGUACUGGCCCCGGCCUGACCGCCACCAGCCCAGCGCCACCCCUGGUCCUGUCCUCGAAUUCCCCUGACUGGGCCCAGAGUCCCCCUACCUGCAUUGCCCAAUAUGAUCUCACCUCCCUCACGGACUUUCUGUGGGCAGAUAAGGAAUGAUGGGGGGCUGUUUGAUGGGAGAUGAUAGCUGGCCACAGACCAUGGAACCCUGCUUCUUUGUCUUUCUCUCUGUCCAUCUCUGCUCCUCUGUUACUCUCCACGAGUCGCCGUACUACUAGUGGUAGUAGCAUUUACUGAGCACCCACUUGAUGUAGUGCACUGUAUUGGGAGCUUGGGACUGUGGCAAAGAGAGAGCUCUAUCUGGCUCUAUCUUUGCCACUGUUUCUAUCUCUGUGUCUCUGUCUUUCUCUGUGCCUCCCUGUCUCUAUUUCGAUCCUUGUCUCUGCAACCCCCAUCUCUCUCUGCCCCUGUAUCUGUCCGUUCAUCUGAUCCUCUGUAGAAGGGUCCAACCCAGCCCCACCAGCUGAUGAGUGAGUGUGUGUUUUCGGGGGUAGGGAGGUGGGGCUUUAUCCCUUAAUGACCCCAAAUCUCCCAGCUCAGGGCCGGGUAAGGAGUGGGUUCUCUGGUGAUCAGCAGUGACCCCUGGGGGGUUGAGGAAAAUUCCCAGGACUCUGUCCCAAGUUUUUAUACUUCCCUAGAAGGUCAUUCAGUCCAGGCCCCUGUCUCCAAGCAGAUGAACAAUUCCCCAUCCCAAUACACACACACAGAGCCACACACACACCUAUAUAUCCAGCAAGAAAGGCAAGCCUCACAAUUUGCUGGGGGGUGGCCUCACAACUCUCCCGAGGGAUGAUUCCACCACAUCCCUGUGCUACCUGCCCUAGGGUUCACGCCCUUGGAAGUCUUUCUUUGUUUUCCUUGGCAAUCUUUUCUGCUGCUUUGUAGCCAGUGGCCCCUGCUUCAGGAGAAGACUUCACAGGGCACUGGGUGGGGGGAAGGGAUGACACAGACUUGAUCCCUGACUUGGGCUUUAGCCCAUGCUCUUUAGGGGGGUGGGCAGAUUUCUUUGGAGGAGGAGUGUGUGUGUGUGUUCCAUGACCUUGGUUCAGGCCCCCCAUGGGCAGGGAAGGUGGGACGGAGUGGCUCUGUCCCUUCCUGAGAGAACAAAGGCAGCAGCUGGACCAGUGCUGAUUGGGACAGGGAUUGAGAUGGGGGAAGAGAGGAUGUUGUCCAGUUCCAUUUCUGGUUCUGUGAAGCUCAAAGAAGUUUUUAGAAGAGGGAACUGGGCUGGUAAGGGUGGGAGGGA